AUGAGGCCCAAGAAUGACCUUUCCAAGGAAAUUGCCUCAGUCACAAAGAUCUAUACAGAAGACCAGAAAUAUAGCGGUACGGACAACAGCAGCCUUGACUUCAAACUCAACAUCUUUUAUGACAUUUGCUCUAGAGCUGGCCUACCACCACAUGGCUACAAAGCUGCAUUGCCAACAAUGCUUAAGGGAGUUGCUGAAGACCACUAUUACAGCACUUGCCAGGGAGUACCAGCCUGCCGCAUGGCCAUUGCUGAUCCACCUGAAGACCUAGCAGUACUAAUCAACAAACUGCAAUCCUCAAUCAGCACUUGGGAGAAGGAGAACCCACAAAAACACGGAAUUUCGCACACAGAUACCCGAGAAGAAGCCUUCUACACUGAUAGAAGGUACUACAACCAGAACAGGAACUACAACCAAAGCAAAAAGGGCCCAGCGGACAAGUGUUAUGUCUGCCAAAAACCAACCUGCCGCUCCUGGAGACACACUGAGGAAGAACAAAGGCAAUCCAAAGAGAAAUAUCGACAGCGUUUUAACAAUGACAAAGGAAUGAAUGGCGACUUCAGCAGGCGAUACAGGCAGUAUAUAAUAUAUUGUGAAGGAGAUACCAAUGAAGAGGAAGCAGAGGCUUUUAAAACACUCGUGACUGAUAUCCGAACUUUUGUUUCUGAAGCUGAAACAGACCUUAUUGAGGAAGAAUACAACCUUAUUGAUACAUUUGUUACUUCAUUCGGCUCAAUUACUACUGAACAAGCAAUGAUUACAACUUCUGAACUUACCAAUCGAUCCUUCACCCAUUGUAUCAACGAUCAAAAGUUUUCGAACCCGAUAGUUGACACCGACCCAUUCAGCUAUAACGCCACUAUCACUUCCGCGAGCGAUACCCGGUACAACUCUAAGAUCUUUAUGGGAAUAAUGAUUGAUACUGGUGCCUCCAGCAAGUCUACAGCUGUAUAUGGCCAAUUCCAGGCACUUCAAAACACAGAAAACAUUACAUUAGAUACCUCUACAGCUGGCCAGGUAAAUGUCCAAUUUGGCAUUGGAAUAACCUCAUCAAUUGGCUCCGCAAAAGUUUCAACCCCAAUUGGCAACAUCCAAUUCUAUAUUGUCAACGCUGAUACCCCAUUUCUGCUAUGCCUAGCAGAUAUAGACAAUCUCGGGAUAUAUUAUAACAACCUCAAGAAUGUUAUCGUGACUCCGAAGCCUGUAACGCCUUUCAACUCCGCUACUAAAUCAUUUGUUGAGAUCCCUGUUAUUCGCCGAUUCGGUCACCCAUUUCUGCUAUGGAAUUCUGCUCUGUCUUCAUACCUUACCUCUUCAUUUGAUAUGAAUCCUUGUUUUCUGACAGACGUUAAGUUACGAAAAUUAUAUUGCCGUUUCGGACAUCCAUCUGUUGAUAGACUUCAGACGCUUUUAAGAAGUGCUGGUUAUGAGCCAAAUACAGCCGCGUUAGAAUAUCUUACUAAGUUCUGUCACUACUGUCAGAAGUUUAGUAAAUCCUCUGGUCGAUUCCGAUUUAACCUCAAGGAUGAGGCACAUUUCAACUUCAACAUUAUUGUUGAUAUCAUGUAUAUUGACAAUAUGCCUCUUCUUUACGUUAUUGAUGAAGUAACUCGCUUCCAAUCCGGCCGAUGGUUAAAAGACAUCAGUGCCAAAUACACCUGGAAUAUACUGCGAAUGUGCUGGAUUGAUAUCUAUCUAGGCCUUCCAGACUUGAUCACACACGACGCCGGAAAGAACUUUGUGAGCAAGGAAUUCAAGACCUAUACAAGAACUAUAAAUAUUAGCACAAGAAGCAUCCCUAUUGAAACACACAAUUCGAUAGGCAUGAUUGAAAGAUACUAUGGCCCACUGCGCCGAGCCUACCAGAUUAUCACUGCUGAAAUCCCUGAUAUCGACAAAGAGAUCGCCCUUCAAAUG